CUUUACAUUUUCAAAAUAUUCAAAUAACAGAAAAGUCAUUAAAGCAGCGAAGAAAUUACACUUUGCUUUAUAAAGAAAUGAAAUCCUCGUUAGUGAACGGAGCAAGCUCUACUUGUGACAUUUUUGUAUGUUCAGCUGAAAUUGUAAUUUAACCAUAAUUUGAAUUAUCAUUUAGGAUGAUAAGUGUGUGUGUGUGUGUGUGUGUGUGUGUGUGUGUGUGUGUGUGUGUGUGUGUGUGUGUUAAGCAUUUUAUCUCAGUUUAGAUAGUUACUAUUACACUGAACUCUGUAAAUUCAAGGCAGUCUGGUCUCUGGUUUACAUAUAAGUAGAUGUGUUUACAAUAUAAAGUUGAGUGCUGUUGCAAUCAGGCAUAAGAUAGGCAGUAAUUAUGGUCACAGAUGAUUUUGUUCAUCUAAUUAUCAAAAGGCUUACAGGUGCUGAUAUUAAAGGCUUAAUUAAGUUGCUACAUUUUUAGUUACAGUUCAGUAAAUUUUUAAGGAAAUUAAUAUUUUGUUAAUAAUUACUGAUAAACUAUAUAUGUCUGUACAUCUGGUCUCCUUCCCAGGAAGUGAUGUGGCACAUAGAAAAAGAAAAAGGACACAUUCUGCAUAUCUAUUGUGCUGUAGUAUUGAAUAAUUUAGAGUUAAAGAAUCUUUACAACAUAAAAUUGUGUGCUGUUUUUCAAAUGGGAAAUGUAACAAGCUCUUUUACAUUGUAUUAGCAAGGAUAAGUAGUCUGGGAACUUGUGCAUCACAGUGUAGUACACCAUCAGAUCUGUGAGCAGAUGGGCAGUCUCAGUGCUUAUGCUGUGGUCAGUCAUCUGCUUUACUUUCCUUAACACUUACAAGUCCCUAAUUCAGCCUGACAACUGCUCAUCUCAACCUUUACUAUCCACUCCACCUUUGACAGUCUCUGCCUAGCCACCACCUCACUUCACCCUGCACUGCUCUGUUCUGACAUGUUGUGGAAGAUAAGCAAUAGCAGUUUUCAUGGUGAAGGUGUGAUCACUGCCAUAGAUGAUUUGUAAUAAAUGCACCAUCACUUAUAGUGUGCUGGGGUUAUUGCUGUCAACCUCAGUUUUCUUUUAGGAAUGACUAGCAGUACAUAUUUAUACAUUAUUAUCGAUAUACUACUGAUUUCCUCUUUGAGCUGAUUCAAUUUACACUGUAGAACCAAACUUGCAGUAAGUGGGGAUAUAUCUUUGCUGCAGUCUUCAGCUCUCAGUACUUAUGACCAAGGAAAUGUGCAAGACGAGACAGCAUGUGCUUGUACACUACUGUCACUUACAACUCACCUGAAAUACCAAAGGUGUCAUUUGAUAUUAAUUGCUCUUAUAAUGUGUGAUUAUUUUUUCAUUCUUGUGUGUAAAUUUCUUGACAUAAUUGACAGUUUUGAAAAGCUAUUGGUGACUAUUCCAUUUGUAGAUUAAUGGAUGUCUGUAAAUAGCGUGUCGAAUAUAGAAUUAUGUACGUCUGUGUACAUGACAUAGUAAGAUAUGUUACAUAAUUUAUUUACUGCAGUGUUUAAUAUAUAUAUGUCAAAUAAUUCUCAGCAACAUACUUUAUGAUUUGUCUGUAGUACUCACCAUCUACUUUCAUAAUAUAUAAAAAGUAGAUCAUUGAUGGAAAUUGAAAUACUUUUUUCUGCUAUGCUUGUAUAUACAUUUCUAUAUUUUGUCAAUAAAUUAUGUAACUAUCACAAAUUUGGUAAUUCAAGGAGGCUGAAAGUCCCAUGUGCACCAGAUGGUUAAGGUCUGAUGUGUGUGUGUGUGUGUGUGUGUGUGUGUGUGUGUGUGUGUGUGUGUGUGUGUGUGUGUGUGUGUGUGUGUGUGUAUG